AUGAUGAUACAGGCUGAACAACUUAGAAAGUUAGACAGAAACAAAAUCAAAAGUACCAAAGGUUAUAUUAAGGAGUUAGAAUCUGUUAGUUAUUCCCCUCGUUCAUCUGGAUCACAAUCUGCUUCAAGUGCCUCUGCCAUUAGGGAAAACGAUCAAGUAUUAAAAGUAAAAUUCAUUUCAUUAGCAAAACAAUUAUUUAAAAAGAAGAGGAGAAGAGAGAACUUUUAG